AUGGCGGACAAGGGCGGCGCUUACGGCGCCCAGGCCAAAGACACGGAGUUUCGUAAGAAAUGGGACAAGGAAGAGUAUGCAGAGCGGGCGAAGCAGAAGGAUGCGGAGGCGUAUGAGCUUGCAAAGGAGAACGAGGAGCGUGCAAAACAAGGCAAAAGGCCGCUCAAGGGUAACAAGAAGGUGCUACCUAAACCGACUGAACUAAUGAAGCAACGCGAGGGCGAUCUUGAGCUCGACAAGAACUUGGGCAAGACUAUGGUCGUCAAUAAUCCUGGUGGUCGUGGUCCCGGUCAACCUGGCUUCUAUUGCGAAACCUGCAACAGGACAUAUAAAGAUAGCACUGGCUAUCUCGAUCACAUCAAUGGUCGCGCUCACUUACGGGCACUCGGACAAACCACUCGCAUUGCACGGUCUACUGUCGAGCAAGUCCGGGCCCGCAUCGCUUUUCUGCGUGAGAAGACGAAGGAGGCAUCGGAAGCCAAACAAUUCGACUUCGACGAACGCUUACGCCAGAUUCGCGACAAGGAGUUGGCAGCACGCGCGAUGAAGAAAGAAGAAAAGAAGGCCGCGAAGGAGAAGACACGCAUCGAAUUGGCCAAAGCGACGCCCAUGGACGUCGACAGUGUUGACACCAUUGCCGCCAUGGGAUUCGCAGGAUUUGGAACUUCCAAAAAGUGA